CUGUUGUACGUUUUGUACCUUUGAUUCGAAAUAAAGGAAAGGGGUUAAAUCGACUUGUAAAUUUAUUUAAAACCACUGUUUUGUAUGAUUUGACGUUUACGUAACCUCAUUUAACCUCACUUUCGUCACCAUGAGAAACUUGUUAAAACUAUCGAAAAUCUGCCAAAAUUUUCAUAAUGUUAAUGUUGUAAGUGUAAGAAACGCCGGACAUUCCAAAUGGCAAAACAUAAAACACAUAAAGGGGGCAAAGGAUGCGGAAAGGGCUGCACUGUUUACAAAACUGGGAAGGAUGAUGAAAGUUGCUGUAGCCGAAGGGGGCACGGUAGACCCGAAAAAGAAUCUAAAACUGUCCCAAGUCAUUGAACAAGCCAAAAGGGCCAACAUGCCUGUAGCCACAAUACAAAGCAUUUUAAAGAGCACUGAGACGGACAAAAGUGGCGCAAAACCUCAUCUGGUGGAGAUCAAAGGACCUGGAAGUUGUAUAAUCUUGUGUGAAGUGUUCACAAACAAUAUACAGAUGUUCAAACAAACUGUGGCCACAAUCCUGAAAAAGCAUAGCUCAAAAUUCAACGACGGUGGCGGUAUACAUUUGUUUGAGGAGAAAGGUUUGAUUGACGUGGUACUACCAACAGAUUUCAAGGAUAAAACAGAAGAAACCGUGCUGGAAGCCGCCACAGACCAUGCGAUAGAAAGUGGCGCCGAAGAUGUGAGAGUUUUGGAAGAAAACGAGUCAUUGCAAUUCAUUUGUGGAGCCAGCAAUUUGAAUUCGGUAGUGGCCGACUUGGAGAAGUUGCAGUACAAAGUCAGCAAUGCAGCCGUUGAGUUUAUACCUCUCAAAAUGCAGGCGCUGCAGGACGAGGAACUGAAAGUGGCAGAGAAACUUUACGAAAAACUGCAGGCACUGCCGGAAGUCACUAAACUGUCGGAUAACAUUGCUUGAGAUUAAUAUUAAAUUGUAUGUUAUUUGUUUAUAUAAAUAAAGUCAUGUUAUAUAA